AUGUCUAAAUUCAAUCUUAUAUCAUUUGUUAUUUGCGUGUAUUUCAUUGUUCUCCAGUUAACUAUCAUCGAAUGUCGACCACGUACACAAAAAAUAGUUGUACAUGGUCAUGAAUGGACAGUACCAAAUGAACCAGGCUGGAAAGAAAUUUUAGACGAAGCUGAACCUAUUCGUCGUAAAUACUUAACAGAUUGUGCAUCAAGUCGUGAAUGUCGUUUGGCUGCAGAACGAUUGCGAGAUAUAUUUUUAAAAUAUCCUGUUUCAGCAAAAUAUUAUGAUGACUUUCUAGAUAGUGACUAUCGUUCAAGUGACAUUGAUUCGAUUUUCAAAUGGGGUUGA